GGCGCGUGGCGGGCGACAGUGCCGGGGCAGGCCCGGCCGCGGGACGUAGACUAGAACCAGCUGAGCGACGUAGCGCUGUACCAUGUUUCGCAAUGCCCUAGGAAAAACCUUGCGAUUUCUUGGGUAUACUGUGCAAUAUGGCUGCAUAGCACACUGUGCCUUUGAGUACCUUGGAGGAAUUGUUGUGUGUUCUGGACCUUCAAUGGAACCAACAAUUCAAAGUUCUGAUAUUGUCUUUUCGGAGAACCUUAGCCGUCACUUUUAUUCCAUUCGGAAAGGAGAUAUUGUAAUUGUGAAAAGCCCGACUGACCCCAAAUCAAAUAUCUGUAAAAGAGUAAUUGGCUUGGAAGGGGAUAAAGUCUGCACAAGCAACCCUUCAGAUUUCCUUAAGACUCACAGCUUUGUGCCUAAAGGACACGUUUGGUUAGAAGGUGAUAAUCUGAGGAAUUCUACAGAUUCCAGGUGCUAUGGGCCUGUUCCUUAUGGACUGAUAAGAGGACGCAUUUGUUUUAAGAUAUGGCCUCUGAAUGACUUUGGAUUUCUACGUGCAAGCCCCAAUGGCCAUAGAUUUCUUGAUGAUUGAAAGAAUUAAAUGACUAUUGCCAGCUUGUGUAAUAUUUUCUACUGAAAUCAAUGGAACUAUUUUUAUUCAGAAUAAACACAAGUGUUACUUGGCAAGGAUGUCUCUUCUUUCUGCAAUUAUAUCUAACUUAAAAGUGGGAACGAUACACUGCUGUCAUCAUCAACAGUGAUAUGCCUCUUACUUUGUUUCCUCUGGCUGUUUACAGUAAGUGUUUGGAUUUAUUCAGAAGGUUUUGAAUUUUACUAGAAGACAAAGUUAACACUGCCUGUUAACAAGUGAUGAAGAAGGCAAUGCACUGUUGCACUGUCAUACAGCUAGAGCCACACAUAGGCUAUACCUGCAUUAGCAAGUAGCUAAUGAAAAGCUUGUGGAUCUGACACCCAUUUACUCAUAUGUGUUUUGUAGGAUUUUCCUCAAACUAGCUCCACUUUGACCCAGUGGACUGUAUGCCCAGGAGGAGUCAUAUAAGGAAUGAAGUCUGUAUUUGUUCAGAUGAUGGAUGGAGUCGAUUGAACACCGUACUCCUGGCUCUAAGCUGAAAAGUUAAUGUAGAUGCAGUGUUGGUGAACGAGCACUGUACCUCCUACUUUGUACCAGGAGAAACACCCAGCUACAAACCUCUGCCACCUUUUUCUAGGGGUCAGGUCCUUCUUGAGAAUAUAGGAGAAACUAAUUUAAAUACUUAGCAUCGAAAUAUUAAAUACUCCUGUAUGGGAACUGUUGAGUCACAGCCUGAACCUGAUUGAGCACCUGGGGAAAGGACCUGAUCAGCUCUGGGAGCACAGGUGAAGGGAAUUCAGCUGUAUGACUGGAAGGGGUGGAGCCUGGCUGCUCCUCUCUUAGACAUCUUUUAUGGGUUGAUUGCCACUGAGGAAGGUUCUCUUUCUGGAGAUCCCUCCUUUGUGGAGUUUAUCCUUGUGAGCCUAGAUCUUUGCAGACGAGCGAGCAGUCUUUUUCCCUUCCCUUGUAACACCUUUCUAUUGUGUUAGUCCCUUUAUCAUUACACCUCUUGUAUCACCCUUCCGCGGUGUUGAUCCUUCUGAUUGUUACAAUUCCCAUUUCCCAUUAAUACACCUGACUCUUUGUUAUCUUCAAAGCGUUCUCACACGUAUGCCUCCUGAUUAAAUUUUUGUCAUCUGAGCCUUUAAAAGGAUUUAACUUAAGAGGUUGGGCCAAAGCUGCAUUCGAUAAGAGACAGAGACUGAAAGAAGCUACUCUGUUGUUUGCUGGGAAAGAAAGGUCGUUUAGAUACAGUCCAGGUGUACAGAGCUUAGUGUUGGGUUCUGGAAGUUUUUUAUAAAUUGCUCUUUGGUUGACGAGCAAAAAGAAGAGGUACUGUGUCUUUGGGAAACAUGCCCAUUUACUAACAUUUUGCUCUCUUAAGACAGACUGAGCUUGUUCUUGGAGCAUCCCUGUUGUCCUGUUUGUCCGGUGAGAUGCUAUCCUGUGUGUCCAGUGUUUUGGAAGUCUGUAACUCAGCGUGCUGGUCUGGAGCAGUCAGUGAAGGAUCUCAGUAACCAGUGAACAUGUGUCGCAACAGACCAAAGAUACAUCUUUGCUUUCGCUCUUGGAGACAGCAUAACACCCACCACAUCGGCAUGACAGAGUGUAACAUUGUUCAUCUGCCAAAAAAAGAAAACGAAAAAAAAACCUUUAGUGCUCAGGAUGAAUCGGGAAUUUAUUUUGGAUUAUAAUUUUGCAGAGCUCCUCUUGAAAACAAAACAUGAUUUGUGUGUGACCUCUCACUGCUGGACUGUGAAUGUCAACCCUUACGCUAUGUUCUUGCUUCUAUGACUGUGAGAGACACUUAAUGCAACACAGCCAGAGUCAGUGUAGUCUCUUUAAAAGAACAAAUAAUAAAAAGGUGCUUAUCAGUGAAACAGAGAUACGUAAGGACUGCAUCACUGAAUACCUCCAAAAGAGACCCUGAUUCUGACAAAGCACCAACUUCUUUAGACUGCAAUUGAGAACAAACUAAGGAGUGUUUGUCAUACAAAUGACAGGUCAAGGUUCCAAAACAGACUGCUAACUCGGGAAAGAAACAAAAGAAAAAGCAGUUGAGGUUUUCCCCAUCCCUAGCUUUAAAAAAAUAAUAACUUAAAAUCAGCUACUACUCUAAAAAGCAAUUAAAUUAUAAAACCUGGACUAGGUUUUUAAGGAGAAAAGUAACACAUUCUUAGGUGGGAAAGCGUGUAUUUAAAAAAUGCAUUCUACCAUCAUAAAAAGUGCAGUAAGAUGCUUGAGAAAUUCUGGGAGAAUCCAGAAAACUAAAAUCAAUUAUAUUCUAAAAAGAGAGAGAGAGGUGAAAAAAUGGUCUGUGCCCAAACAAAGGGAGAGCUGGAGGCGGGGAUGGGGAGGGAGGAAAGUGAGAGAAUGCAAAGUAAGUAUCACAAAGUCAAGUGCCAAUUCAACUCAACAGUGCUCGAAAAGGGCUUCAGCCGACUCUUGGAAGGCAGGAUUGACAGGAACUAGCAGAGAAAUGGAAGAAUAGCAAGUAAUCACAGAACAGAAUAACUAAAUCUGAGGAAAAUAUAUAUUAAAAAAAAAAAAAGAGAGGAAAGG